UUUAGGUACUGCCAGCUAAAAUUUCCCAGAGUCAGGAGCAAAUUCGGAUAUGCCAGACCCUCCUGAUAUGUUCGUAAGUGAUCUUAAAUCCACACCCAUGGAUAAAGAGGAGGUGGUGGUGAAGGAGGGGGGCAUGUUGCACCUGCCCAGCUACGCCGAUCGCUAUACGGAUAUUCCUCGUCUCAUCCGCCUGAAGUUCAUAGCCCAGGUGUGUCCGCAACUGAGUGUUCCUGCCCUCGAACUGGCCAUCAAUCACGUGAAGACCACCUACAAUGUCAAGUUGUACGACGAGCUGUAUAAAACGCUGUGUGUUGAGGUGAGCAGAAAGUCCCUGAAGCAGAUCGAUGAGAAUGGAGAGUCGUCCAACGAGGCAAGUACCUCGAGUGGCAGGGGAAGAAUGGCGGUGCCCUACGAUUCCUACUGGGUGGAGGACAACACCAUGGAGGCCACUCUAAUGCUGCAGGAACUGGAUGCUGAAUUAAAUUUCAAGAAAUCAAAUUCAGGCAGCGCCUAUGUGCGCAGGAUCCUCGAGGAGAUCGGUGAUCAUUACGAGAAGAGCGGCAAUCUGCAGAUGGCGGUCAAGUUUUACGCUCGAGUGAGGUCCUACUGUACCAGCAGCGAGAAUGUGAUCAAUAUGUUCCGCAACCUGAUAAGGGUUUCCAUUUACAUGGAGAACUGGUGGCAUGUCUUGACCUACAUCGAUGAGGCCAAGCAGUAUGCCUUUGGGUUCGAGAAUCUGGCUGAAGAAGUCCCAGCUCGUCUCAGUUGCGCAGCUGGUUUGGCCAACAUGGGAUUGAAACUCUAUAAAUCUGCGGCCCAGAACUUUCUAAAAACUCCCUACAAGCGAUAUGAUUACGAUAGGAUCGUAGCACCUGAAGAUGUCACCUUUUAUGCUGGACUGUGUGCUCUGGCCACCUUCGAUCGGGAUAGUUUACAGCUGAGAGCUAUAAACUCGGAAUCGUUUCAGCCCUUUUUCCAGCUUUCACCCAAAAUGUCGAAUAUUUUGGCCAAAUUCUGCGAGGGUCAGCUUGAUACUUGUGCGGCGCUACUGCGCGAAAUUGAAGAUCAUGUUAGGUUGGAUGUCUAUCUGUCGCCACAUGUGAACACUCUAUACGAAAUGAUCAUGGGCAGACUGCUCAAAAAAAGAGACAGGAAAACAAUGACCGAAUUUCUAAAAAAAAGACAUAGUUCGUCAUAAAGGAAAUAUUUAUUAAACCUGAAACAGCUUCAUAUAUUUAUCGAAAAUAAUAAAAUUCAGGUUUUAGAUGUGAAAA